AUGGCUCGGAAAAAACUGCACAAGUCCAACAAAGAACGCCAAGAAGCUGCUAAGGGAUACAGAAAGGUGUAUUAUGAGAGAAACAAAGUCGCCAUCUUGAAAAAGAUGAAAUUAAAGUAUCAUGAUAGUACAUCGAAGCAUCCGCAGCAUCCAAGGUAUCUACGCACAACCCUUCAGAACUCCGAGUCAAACGAUACAGGAGACAGCGGCGAUACAGGAGCCAGCGACCUCACUACUAGAUUAUCUGAACCGCAGAUUAAAUUCCAUAGGCUUGUCAAUGGGUCCACCCAUAAGUUCUUGGAUGACCUGGUGUUGCAGUAUACGGGUAGCACUCGUUCCGAAGACUCACGGCGGCCUAUUCUGGAUGCACUUGAUAUCGCUCAAGAGGCCGAAGAAGCAGUUACAAGAAGUGGAGAUGAUGGCGUCAAAACGUUAAAUCCCCAUCACGAAAUUCAAAGAGAGCGAAAGAUGGUUGCUAGUGAAUGGACAUCUAAGGAGCAGAAGGAGUGGUUAACGGCACAGCUUCCCGGGUAUCAAAAGUGCUCGACUAAAUCUAGCUAUGCAAAGUUCUGGCCCCCCAUCUAUGAGCAAUGGGAGCAGCAAUGGCCCAUAUAUAAAGAGCUCUGGCCAGAACUUCCCGAUGAGGAUGGUCUGAAUGCCGUACAAUCGGCAGCAAAGGGGAAGGCAGUAAAGAGGCGUCAGAAGCAACUGCGCACCUGGAUGUCGUGGCAUUCGGGUAAUUCCGCAUCUCGCAAAGGCAGAGUGGCGCAAUCUUCCACACGGGCCACUCGUUUACUCAAGGACCUCCUCCAGCCUCGGGGUGCAAGAGCUCUGAGCGAGGCCGAAAUGUACUCCCGACUAUAUUAUAAAACCAAUAUCCGUCCAACUGUCGAAGCUGCAGUUAGCGAACGUGGCUCCACAACAAGAGGUGAAAGACUAACGAUUGUACGAGAGGUCACACGUCAAUGUUGGGAGCGAGAAGCCGAUGAGACUAUUAUUGCGGACGUCAAGGCCAGGAUGAAAGCAAAGAAGAAAUCGAGGAAGGCGAAUACUGAUGCAGAUGAUGAAGACGCCGAGGCUCUGGAGGACGAAGAUGAAGAGGAGCAAUCACCAACCACCGAGGAUAUGCUUGAAGCACAGGAAAACUUACCUGCUAUCUUCAACACAAUCCUCACGUACCUCGAGCACCAAACUGGGUUUUCGUUCUUGGUGUUAAUGGGUGGGCCAGAUCCCUCGAACAACAACAAAAUCUCUGUCGCAUUGGUUGACGUCGGUACCACCAAGCUGGGACAUUCAGCCCCGCAAUUAUUGCCUGACUUCAAGGAACACUUUCUUGGAACGUAUCUGAAAUUCCUUCAAGGUGUACAAGGCUAUUCCUCCCCCGAACCUGAGAUGAAAGGCGAUGCCAAAAGAGCGGUAGCUGCGGACAACGGAGAGGCCGGGGAUGGAGACCAGACGGACCUUGAAGAUCAAGACAAAGUAGAUGCUGACCCUUUCACAGAUGAGCCGGAGGAGGAAAUAGAGGUGUCGCAGAGUGAGGGGAAUGUUUUGGACGGGAGGGAGGAACGUCAAGAGCAGAUUCUCGAUAUUUAUUCGCCUAACUAUGCUAUGCCCAUGCAUGACAAUCCGACUCAGAAGCCUGACACCAUGCAUGACUCAUUGCAGCCCAUCAACAUGCAUGGCCUCCAGCAACCCAUCAACAUGCAUGGCCUCCAGCAGCCUGAGGGUCAGGCAAAUCUCGCCAUGCAUGAUGCCAACUCAUCAUACUUCGCCAACUCUACCAACUUCAGCAAUGAUGGUCACUCUGCGGAUCUCGGUCAACUGCUCAGCAAUCCUCAAUUGUGGACUUUCGCCCCUCCACCAAUCUAUGAUCCGCUUCAAAAUUUCAACAGUUUCAACCAUUUCAACCCAGUCCCUAGCUACCCCUACCCCCAGCCUAUGGGCUAUCCCCAGCCUUCGAACUACCAGCCUUCAAACUUCCCCCAGCCUGCGAGCUACCUCCAGCAAUCCAGUGGCCAUCUGAGCCAUGCUUUACCACCGUCACCACCUGCCACCGACAAUUCUCCUUCGUCUUCUUCAGACGGCUCACCACCACUGUCACCUAUUCCCACACCGUCUCUUUCAGACGGCUUACCACCGCUGUCACCUAUUCCCACUCCGUCUGUUUCAGACGGCCUACCACCGCUGCCACCUGUUCCCACACCGUCUGUUUCAGACGGUUUACCACCGCUGCCACCCGUUCCCACUCCGUCUCCUUCGGUCACCUUACCACCACUGCCACCCGUGCCCACAGGCGAUCCUCCCUCGGUUCCAGCAGGCCUUCCUCAGAAGGCAGCAGGUGGUAAAGCUAAACGCGCAGCUUCUACCAGCCAGCCCGAACCCACUACUCGCAAGUCCAGACGUCCACCGAAACCAUCUACUCGCAACGAAACCGCUAAUGCCAUUGGCGCUAAUGCCCUCAGCGAAAUGCGGGAGAAGGAAAAUACGGCCACCGUGGGGGGAAAAAAGGUCCGUAAACACGGACUGGAAGCAGGUGGAGAGCCUAUUGCUAAGUACUGCGUACGCUUCAUCGGAAAUAAUGGCCACUGA